UCAUUAUUAUUAUCAUUACAGCCUUAUUAUUCGUCUCGUUGUCCGGCAGGGGGCGCUGCGGAGCGGAGGCGGGGCCUGCGAGUGGCGGCUGAGGGCCCCGCAGUCUCUCUUGCUGGCUUCCCGGGCGGGAAGGAAGGCAGGAAGGCAAGCGCUGCUGCUGUUGCUGCUGCCUGUGGGCCGCGGGGGAUGGCGGAGGCGGCGUUGCCCAACUCAGGGGUGUUAAAUCCAGAUGCAACUGACUUCAUUCCACGGGAAAGGCAAACUUUUGGUCUAAAUUGGAGCAGACAGUCUACGCUAGAGUUGGAUCCGGAUUCAGGCAGAACUAUACCGCCUCCUAUUCAGCCAAGGCACAGUAAAUAUGACAGCCCUUCUGCAGAUCAGCGGGCUUUUUACAGUCCGGAGAACCAGCGUAGAGGCCAGUCAGAUGCUCCCCUGUUCAGCAGUAUGGGUAAAAGCAAAGGCCGCAGCCUACAUAGCCAGCGGUGGCAGAGAUCAAGGAAUGAUAGAGCGCAUGGCAAAAACCAGAUGAAGCACACCUCUGCAGGAAUGUCAGAAGAUCCUUCAUGUCUAGAUACCAGAUUGGUUCCAGGGCGGAGGAUGAAUCCUAGAGACUACAGCGAUAACUCUUCUGAUAGUGAGAAAGAGACUGCUACUGCAGAUAGCAGAGGAGCAAAGCCAAAGAAGACAUAUUUGAUGCAUUCGCGUGGAAGAGGGUUGAAAGAAAAGGAGAAACAUCCACCUGAAAGGGAGAAAAGAAUAGCCCCUAAAUGGAAGGACAAGGCCUUUGAUAACGUACCAGCAGUAGAUAUGAUUCAGUCGGACUCUUCUGAAACAUCUUUUGGAAAAGUGGUGUCCGAUGGCUUUUCUGACAAUAGUAUUGCACGGAGGAAGUAUCCACUUGGAAACAGAUACUUUAGGGAUCCUAUGUGGAAUAAGGACACUGGCAAAAGACAAGACACAUCCAGGAGUAAAACUGCGAAACAUGUUAAGAAUGCAUCCCUUCCCCAUCCUCCCAAAGAACGCAGCAGUGACAAGAGGAAAGAAUCUGUGCUCCGUGAAAGAGGUUCAAACUCUGUGACUGUGGCACAAACACAAACAGUGUGUGAAACAUCUGCAUAUGAUGGGAGAAAACCUCUCUUUCACGAUGCAUAUAAAAACAGGCGCUGGAAAAAAACGGAUGCACCAAAGAGCAAGGAAACUCAUACAGGGUCUCUGAUAGAGCAGCUUACCUCAGAAAAAUAUGAAUGCAUGGUUUGUUGUGAGGUGAUCCGUGUGGUAGCUUCAGUAUGGAGCUGCCAGAAUUGUUAUCAUGUAUUUCACCUGAGCUGCAUAAAGAAGUGGGCAAGAUCUCCAGCAGCACAGACUGAAGAUGGCAACAGUGGUUGGCGAUGUCCUGCUUGUCAAAACGUUUCACCCCAAGUUCCUAAUAUCUAUACCUGUUUCUGUGGUAGAGUAAAAAACCCUGAAUGGAAUAGAAAUGAAAUUCCACAUAGUUGUGGAGAAUUGUGUAGAAAGAAAAGAUCAGCUCAAGAUUGUCCACACUUAUGUAAUAUACUCUGUCAUCCAGGACCUUGCCCAUCGUGCCCUGCUUUUAUGACCAGGAAAUGUGAAUGUGGACGCACAAGCCAUUCUGUUCGCUGUGGGCAUUCUACUGCAAUUCAGUGUACGAAUAUAUGCAGGAAUGUUUUGAAUUGUAAUAAACAUAAUUGUACCCAGAUAUGCCAUUCAGGAAAAUGCCAGCCAUGUGAAUUGACUGUAAAACAAGUGUGCUACUGUGGGAGCACUUCUCGAGAAGUGCUGUGUGGAGCAAGCGAUGAACAUUUCUCCUGUCUUAAAACCUGUGGCAAAAAAUUAUCCUGUGGAAUGCACACCUGUGCCCAAGUAUGCCAUCCCCAGUCAUGCCAACCCUGCCCGCGGCUUCCACAAAUGGUGCACUGUUGCCCUUGUGGACAGACGCCUCUUAGUAAAUUAUUAGAGCUUGGCUGUAAAGAACGUAAACUCUGUACAGACCCUAUCCCAUCAUGUGGAAGAACAUGUGGAAAACCUCUACCUUGUAGUAGAUAUGAUGCUGUUCAUACAUGUGAAAACCUUUGCCAUGAAGGAGAAUGUGGACCAUGUUCUCGCACAUCAAAAGUUUACUGUAGAUGUGCCUUAAAAACCAAGGAAGUUCCCUGUGCCUCUCUCAAAAAUCGAGCUGAUGUUGCGUUCUUGUGUGAGAAGCGAUGCAACAAGAAAUUAUCAUGUGGACGACACAAGUGCAGUGAAAUGUGCUGUGUGGAUAAGCAACACAAGUGUUCUUUGAUAUGCGGACGAAAACUCAAUUGUGGUAUCCAUAGAUGCGAAGAGCCCUGUCACCGUGGCAACUGUCAGAAGUGUUGGCAGACUAGUUUCGAGGAAUUAACUUGUUACUGUGGUGAAUCUGUGAUUUAUCCACCAAUACCUUGUGGUACUCGACCGCCAGAAUGUAAAAAACCAUGUACUAGACCUCAUGAAUGUGAUCAUCCAGUUUAUCAUUCCUGUCAUAGUGAAGACAAGUGCCCACCAUGUACACACCUUGUUCAGAAAUGGUGUAUGGGAAGGCACGAAUUGCGGAACAAUAUUCCCUGUUAUCUCUCUGACAUCUCCUGCGGUCUUCCCUGUGAUCGAAUGUUAAAAUGUGGAAUGCACAAAUGUAAAAGAAUCUGCCACAAAGGGGAAUGCCUCAUUGAUGAAGAAUGCAGGCAGCCGUGUACUAUCCUUCGACUUCACUGUAACCAUCCAUGUAUGUCUCCAUGCCAUCCAUCUUUACCUUGUCCUACAUCAUCUUGCAAUUCCAAGGUUGAACUUCAGUGUGAAUGUGGAAGAAGAAAGGAAACUAUGAUUUGUUCAGAGGCAUCAAGCACUUUUCAAAGAAUAGCUGCAAUUUCUAUAGCUUCCAAGUUAACAGAUCCACAAUUUGGAGAUUCAAUAGAGAUUAGCAGACUGAUAACCAAGAAAGAAAUGAAGCAAAGCAGGUUACAGUGUGACGAGGAAUGCAUGGCUCUUGAAAGAAACAGGAGGUUUGCAGAGGCUCUUCAUAUUGAUGACAAUUCUGAUCCUUUUAAUGUUCGUGCCUCUGCGUCCAAGUACAGUGACAUUUUGAAAGAGGAUGCCAGAAAAGAUCUAAAGUUUGUCAGUGAAAUUGAGAAAGAAAUGAAAGCCCUUAUAGAAGCAGUCAAUAAGAGUAAGCAUACAAAGAAGAGCCACUGUUUCCCUCCCAUGAACAGAGAGCAUCGCCGAAUCAUCCAUGAGCUUGCUCAAGUUUACGCCAUUGAGAGUGUGAGCUAUGAUAACGAACCAAAGCGCAAUGUUGUUAUCAGUGCGGUGAAAGGGAAAUCAGUCUGUCCGACAGUUACUCUGACAUCGUUGCUUACCAAGGAGAGGCAGACUAGACCUCCACCUCCUAUUCCUCAUCACAGACAAUCAGAGAAGAAUGUCAGCACAGAGAGAGCGUCCAAAGAGGAGCCGGUAAUUGACUACUUUGAUGUACAGGAUUGAAGAAAUCAAUGUGAAAUUAUGCUGCUGAAAAGUGGAAGUGAAGCUGCUAUUGGUGUGCUCAGGAUCAUUUUUUGACAAAAUGCAUUCUACUCAAGUCUGCUCGAAAAUUCCUUUGUGAAAACGGCAUAUGAAAACCAUUUUUCCGUUGUUAUUGUAACAGUAUGUGGUGAGAGAUAGUGUGCAACCAGUUUUGGGUGAAUGAGCAUAUUUUCUAAUGAAACUCCAUAGCCAACCUCCGAUUACUUGGAGUACUUGUAUUUUAGAACGAUAGCAAGUAAACAAGUGGUAUCUAACGCACUCAGCUGUGUCACGUAAAUGAAUUCUUUUCCAUUUGGGCCAUACUCUUGGUACUAGGUUAGAUGGGGAAAAAUGGCUCUAUUCAGGUGAUAUCACAAAGUUAGAGUCCCAUAGGGGGAGAGAGCAGCUGAACUUACUGGUUUAUAGCAGAUCUUUUCCCCAAAGUCCCAUCCUUCUACACAUGUGGAAUGGGAAGAUCAGACUCAGGGGUGUCAAGUAUGCCCCACUUGCUGUGAUAUAGAAGCACUCCCCCCCCCCCCUCCGCCCAAAUGUUGUAAUCAUGUUGGCCUAGAACCUGAAAUGACAGUUAAAGUAUCUGCUAAAAUAUUUGGUAUUGGGUAGUUAUGGGUGAAGUGUGAAUGUACAAGGGUGCAAAUUCUAUUCAUUUUCCCAGAUUAUAUUAUCAAAAUCAGUUUUUAGGUCAUAUAGUGUCAAUCCCAUGAGCAGUAUUGACCUGUAGGGCACUUUGUGGACAGUGCAGCAGAUAAAUCAUUAGGUUUACAGCCAUAGUUUAUUCCUAAACUUUCUAGGUGCAAAAUGAAUGGGUUAGAUGUAUUCAGUUUCCAGUUUGUAAUUAUUUUUUAAUAGAAAUCUGCUUCUCUCAUUCUUUAUUUAGGGUUGCGUGCAGAGCUGUGGUGAUAAAAAUAUACUUAAUUUACAUCAGUUUAGGUUAAGGAGGAAAGAAAUUCUGGUUGCCAAGUCACUGAAUACUGCUACUGUAUUUGGAUUUUUUUACAAAGUCAAUACUGUUCUUUCUUCUUGGAACCUGUCAGUUUUUUGCUAUAAGAGACUGAUAUGUACAUGCCAUCAUCCGUUUCAACCUGUCUUAGUGGGCAGCUUUUCAAAUCAACAUCACUGGAAAUGCAGCCUGGGUACUACCUGAGGGUAGAUAUAUUUUAGUCAGCCAUAUUUGUUGUGUUCCAUUGGUUCCUUGACUUUGCCUGAAAUGUUUCAAGCAGCCUUUUAUCAUUGUGCAGGAAAUCUUGAAGAGAACUGCUAUCUGUAUUUGGUUUGUCAAUACAGGAACAUAUAAAGUAUUGCUGCAUUAUGACUUGGUAUCGGGAGAAGAAUUUGGAAUUGGCUUCCUAGUAGUUGAAAAUUGUAACAUGAGAAUCUCAAACCAUAUUAGAAUUUUAAGGUGCUAUACACAGAGGCAUAGGAUCAAAUAAAGUAGCCCAUAACAUUUUUGUACCUCUUGUUCUUCACUUAGACCGUUGGUUUAUCUGCUCUGCAUGUAUAUACAAACUAUUUUAGCUUACUGACAACAUAGCCUACCAAACUUCCAGAUAUGCCUCAUCAAAGGCAUGGUGGAAUUUUGCUUCACGGUAAUGUGGGUUAAUACUUAUUUGCCAAAAUGCCUAAAACCUUAGCACAAUGGUGCCUUUUCCACAAAUCCCAAAGGAAAAGCCCACUCCCUUUUCUGUACAUGUAGUGAAGUUAUGUCGGUGUUGCCCCCAAUCAAAUAAUUGCUUCCUGCAUGAUUGGGACUUUUAUUUGUAUAGCCAAAAUAAUGUUCAUGCUGCUGCUGUACCAAUAUUGAUAAUUAAUAUAUAUAUAUAUAUGUAUAUGUAUAUGUAUAUGUAUAUGUAUAUGUAUAUGUUGCCUCACAUGAACAGACAUUCUUGAGACAGCUUGCAAGCAAUGCAUGCACAUAGGCCACUGUGUACAGAGGGGGUAGCAAAUACAUGCCAGUGCAAAGUGAAUCCGUGGAGGUGGAGUCACACUCAGCAAAUCAAGCACAGUUUAGAUUCACAUUUCCUUUCACCCCUUGUUCUGGGAAGGGGUUUCACAUCAUCUGCAUAAGCUAACGUGCAGGUAAAGCCGCAUGUGGUUGUAGAAUGCAAUGUCUUUUUCUAUCAGCCUUCUUGUUCACAAUUCAUGAGUGCAGAAUGAUUUAUUCUCACUUUGAUAUUUUCAUACAGUGUGUUGUUCUUAAGUGAUUGGUCCUUCUGUUGCUUGGUGAAAAAUGCCAUGUGCACAUUAAUGGAUCUGGUAUUUCCUUUGCUGGUUUUGCAAAAUAUUGGCAUGUCUUACAUUGAGCUGAACUCUCAGCUGUUGUUUUGAAAUUACAAUUAUCAUUUGUUCACAAUCUGAUUUGGUUUUUGCAUUGUCUGAUAUGUGAAUUGAAAGGAAGAAACCUGUUGAAAUCAAAUAUUGCAAACCUCUCUUUUGCAAUUAUGAUAUGGACAGUUCAGUUUAUAUAUGCAAAUGCCUGAUGCAGGUAGAAUCUAAGACUGAGACUUCAUGAUAUUCAGUACAUAUAUUCAAAAUUGCUUGGAUUAUUCAAUUCUCUCUGUGCACCAAUUUGUGUGUAAGCUAAAGUUGUGAAAAUUGCUAUGGAAACCAUUCCUUAUUUCUUUUCUCAUGAUGUAAAGAAUACUGAAUUAUGAUAGUUUUUAAUAAGUUAUUUGUUGACUUUAUAUACAUUCAUGAACGCACACAACCUGUCCGUUUUCAAGCUCAGUGGUGUAAUAAACAACAUACUUUAUAAAUCUGUAAUAAAUUUAAAAUGUUCAGGUGAAUAUUAUUUGGAUUUUCUUAACAGUCUUUUGAGAGUGAUAGUAAAAUUGAGAGGCUGAUGAAAUGUUGCUGGAGUGCAGUCAUGAAAUAAAUGAGAAUGUGCAAAAUCUCAUUAUAACAAUGGCUUGUUUUAUUACCUCAACAAUUAAAGAAUAUAUGCUA